UAUUCAUCAAGAAAGAAAAUGCCGACCAGUUCUUGGAAAGAACAAAACGUGCUAACUCUUUUUUUGAGGAAGUGAAGAAAGGGAGUAUUGAAAGAGAAUGCAAUGAGGAACGCUGCUCAAAAGAAGAAGCAAGAGAAGCCUUUGAAGACCAGGAGAAAACUGAGGAAUUCUGGAACGUCUAUGUAGAUGGGAACCAGUGCAGCUCAAAUCCUUGUCAUUAUGGUGGACAUUGUAAAGAUGGAAUCGGUUCCUACACUUGCUCAUGCUUGGAUGGUUAUCAAGGCAAGAACUGUGAAUUUGUCAUACCAAAGUACUGCAAAAUAAACAAUGGUGACUGUGAGCAGUUCUGCAGCAUCAAGAAAAGUGCACAGAAGGAUGUUUUGUGUUCGUGUGCAAAAGGGUAUAUUCUAGCAGAGGAUGGCAAACGCUGUGUUUCAUCAGUAAAGUAUCCUUGUGGAAAAGUUUUUGUGAAAAGAAAAAAAAGGUCGGUUAUUUUACCUGAUGAUAAUAGCAAUGUAACUAGUGAUCAAGAUGGCCCCCUCGCAAGUGGCACAAGUUUGGAGGAGGACAUUGUUACUACCACAGAAAGCCCAACCCCCCGUCCUGGCAAUGAAACAAGUAGCAAGACUCCUUAUGUCAUUACCAGGAUAGUAGGUGGUGAUGAGUGUCAUCUUGGCGAAUGUCCGUGGCAGGCUGUUCUGUUAAAUGAGGCAGGGGAAGAGUUUUGUGGUGGAACUAUUUUGAAUGAGAAUUUUAUACUUACUGCAGCUCAUUGCAUGAACCAAUCUAAAGAACUCAAAGUUGUUGUUGGUGAAGUGGACAGAGAAAAGAAAGAACAGUCUGAAACGAUGCAUACUGUGGACAAAAUACUUGUUCACUCUAAAUACAUUGCCGAGACUUACGAUAAUGACAUAGCCUUAAUAAAGCUGAAGGAACCUAUAACGUUUUCUGAGUACGUUAUCGCAGCAUGCCUCCCCGAAGCAGACUUUGCUAAUGAAGUUCUGAUGAACCAAAGAUCUGGGAUGGUUAGUGGCUUCGGGCGUGAAUUUGAAGGUGGACGACUAUCCAAAAAACUGAAAGUGCUUGAAGUCCCCUAUGUUGAUAGGAGCACUUGCAAGCAAUCCACUAACUUUGCAAUAACAGAAAACAUGUUCUGUGCUGGUUAUGAAACUGAGCAAAAAGAUGCUUGUCAAGGAGACAGUGGAGGUCCCCAUGUAACCAGGUAUAAGGAUACUUACUUUGUUACUGGAAUCGUUAGCUGGGGAGAAGGAUGUGCAAAGAAAGGCAAAUACGGUGUCUAUACCAAACUGUCCAGGUUCUUACGCUGGGUAAGAAUGGCCAUGAGACAAAAUUUGUAG